AUGGCUCCCAAGAAGCAUAGGGGAAAAAAAAAAGCGCGGAGCAGCAAUGAAGGUGACAAGAACAGAAAUGCAGGUGACAAGAAUGUGCAGCGCAAGCAUGGUGGCAAAAAGAAAGUGCAGAGCAGUAGUAAAGGUGACAGCAAGGUUGUGAAGAAAAUAACCAUUGAGCUGAAGAAGGAAAUUAUAGAAAAGCAUGACCGUGGUAUUCGUGUGACUGAUCUGGCCUCGGAGUACAAGAUGGCAAAGUCAACAAUCUCGACUAUUCUGAAAAACAAAGCCGCCAUCAAAGGAGCUGAUGUUGCAAAAGGAGUGACAAUGUUAACCAAGCAGAGGACGCAAGUUGUGGAAGAGGUGGAAAAACUUUUGUUGGUGUGGUUGAAUGAAAAACAGCUGGCAGGUGAUAGCGUUAGUGAAGCUAUGAUCUGUGAGAAAGCCAGGAAAUUGCACAGUGAUUUACUGCAAAGAAGCCCCUCUACAAGUGCAGCAAGUGACGAAUUUAAAGCCAGUAGGGGGUGGUUUGAAAAAUUCCGCAGGAGAAGUGGCAUCCACAGUGUGAUUAGACAUGGUGAGGCUUCCAGUUCUGACAAGGCCGCAGCAGAAGCCUACAAGUUAGACUUUGCGGAAUUCAUGAAGACAGAAGGAUACGUCCCUCAACAAGUGUUCAACUGUGAUGAAACAGGGCUCUUCUGGAAAAAAAUGCCGAACAGAACCUAUAUCACGCAGGAGGAAAAGGCACUACCAGGGCACAAGCCCAUGAAGGACAGAUUGACCCUUUUGCUGUGUGCCAACGCAAGUGCCGAUCUAAAAAUUAAACCACUACUGGUGUACCAUUCUCAGACCCCUCGUGCAUUUAGGGAACAAAAUGUGAACAAGGCCAGACUGCCCGUCAUGUGGAGAGCCAAUGCCAAAGCUUGGGUCACAAGGCAAUUGUUUAUGGAAUGGCUGCACGAGGUGUUUGCACCCACCGUCAGAAAAUAUCUUUCUGAUAACCAGCUGCCUGAAAGGUGCCUUCUUCUGAUGGACAAUGCCCCGGCACACCCUCCAGCCUUGGUGGAUGAUAUGGAUGCAGAGUAUGACUUCAUCAAGGUAAAGUUCCUCCCCCCAAACACAACACCACUUCUGCAGCCCAUGGACCAGCAAGUCAUCUGCAACUUCAAGAAGCUGUACACAAAGGCGCUCUUCACUAGGUGUUUUAAUGUCACUGAAGAGACGUCCUUGACUUUGAAAGAAUUCUGGAAGAAACAUUUCAAUGUUGUCCACUGCAUUAACCUCAUUGACAAAGCCUGGGAAGAGGUCACUCCCCGAACCCUAAAUUCAGCCUGGAGGAAACUGUGGCCAGAAUGUGUCGCUGAACGUGAACAUGACUUUGACGGGUCUGAUGCAGAGGUAGUGCAGGUAAUUGUGUCCAUGGGCAAGAGUAUGGGUCUGGACGUUGAUGGUGCUGAUGUGGAAGAGCUUGUUGAGGAACAUAGGGAGGAGCUGACCACGGAAGAACUUUCUGAACUCCACGCGGAGAGCUGA